CGACGCGUGUGGUCCUCCGUACUCAAGCCAUUCAUUUUAUCAGAACUGGAAAAUAUAACGCUGCAGUCUUCCUUUCUCCUUUCUCCUUUCUCCUUUAUCCGAGGAGACGAAACUAUCCAUGAGAAUCGAUUAGUUUUAGUUUGCUUUGUCUCUCUACUUCAAAUCCUUUCUCCUUUGUCCCAAGUUCAAUUGCGAUGAAUUGCCCAGCCAUGAGUGCAUCUGCUUCGUCUUCCUGUUCCUACUCAACGUUUCGUCCUCGUCAUCCAAGAGUGUUGUUGCCACACGAUUCACAGAGAUCUGUGCAGUUUUCAAGAUUACAUAGUGAGGCUGCUUCGGAUGGAUGGGGUGAGAAAACGCAACCGCAACCGCAACCGCCACUCCGGCUGCUUGGGAAACAGUCAUUGCCUUUGAGAGCGGUGGUGACCACCUCAUCCUCCUCAAACAUUUCAACAUCCGAUGAGAUUGAGAAAGUAGGAGUGCUGUUAUUGAACCUCGGAGGCCCCGAGACUUUGGAUGAUGUGCAACCCUUCUUGUUUAACCUCUUUGCUGACCCGGACAUUAUAAGAUUGCCGCCCUUGUUCCAGUUUCUUCAGAAGCCAUUGGCACAGUUCAUAUCUGUAGCAAGGGCUCCCAAAAGCAAGGAAGGUUACGCUUCUAUUGGUGGUGGUUCUCCUCUUCGCCGCAUUACUGAUUCACAGGCUGAAGAAUUAAGUAAAUGCCUUUCCGAAAAAAACGUCCCAGCGAAGGUAUAUGUUGGCAUGCGUUAUUGGCAUCCAUUCACUGAGGAAGCCAUUGAACAGAUAAAGACAGAUGGAAUUACAAAACUUGUUGUCCUACCACUCUAUCCCCAAUUUUCGAUAUCGACAAGUGGUUCAAGCCUAAGACUCUUGGAGAAAAUAUUCCGAGAGGACGAGUAUCUUGUGAACAUGCAGCAUACUGUUAUACCAUCAUGGUAUCAGCGGGAGGGAUAUAUAACGGCAAUGGCAAACUUGAUCCAAAACGAGUUGGGAAAAUUUGAUUCCCCUAGUCAGGUUGUAAUAUUUUUCAGUGCACAUGGCGUGCCUCUUGCAUAUGUUGAAGAAGCUGGUGAUCCGUACAAGGCAGAGAUGGAAGAAUGCGUCGAUCUCAUAAUGGAAGAAUUAGACAAGAGAAAUAUAACCAACGCUUACACGCUCGCUUAUCAGAGCAGAGUUGGACCUGUGGAAUGGCUGAAACCAUACACGGAGGAAGCCAUUACUGAACUUGGUAAAAAAGGUGUUGAAAAUCUUCUGGCUGUACCCAUAAGCUUUGUGAGCGAGCACAUUGAAACGCUGGAAGAGAUAGAUGUCGAGUAUAAAGAGUUGGCUUUGAGUUCUGGUAUCAAGAAUUGGGGACGAGUGCCUGCGCUAGGAACAGAGCCUUUGUUUAUAUCUGACUUGGCAGAUGCUGUUGUGGAAAGCCUUCCAUAUGUUGGAGCUAUGGCAGUCUCAAACCUUGAAGCUCGACAGUCGUUAGUUCCGCUCGGGAGUGUUGAAGAACUAUUGGCGACCUAUGAUUCACAGAGGAGGGAAUUGCCAGCUCCAGUGACGAUGUGGGAAUGGGGAUUUACCAGAAGUGCAGAAACAUGGAACGGAAGAGCAGCCAUGUUGGCAGUGCUCGCACUCUUGGUACUAGAAGUAACCACCGGAAAAGGGUUUCUGCAUCAGUGGGGCAUUCUGCCUUCCUCUUAAUAAACAACAGAUAUAUCUUCUUGUCUACAUAAAAGCUAUCCAAGAGUCUAAGACUGUGAUUUCACCUGAGGCCUACUGUGUUAUCAAAACUCUCUUUUUCUGUCUUAAAAUGUUGACGUUAAGUACUUGAUAUCUUCAUAAAAUCCAAGACAUCAUGAUAAUUAUGAUAUUAAUGGGCAUCUUAAUAAAACCAUUGCGGAUAAGCAUAUUUUGUAA